AAUUGCAUCCGUUACGCGAGGCGUCUCGCUCUCGCUUCCUUCCUUCACCCUCUUCUCUUUACCGCACCUUCGUCCCCUCGACCGAGCUCCUCUUUCUCCUCUUCCUCCUCCUCCGUCUCUGUUACCGCUGCCCUUUUCCUGUGUCGCGUUGUACGUAUCGCGCCGUUUGUCUCUUCCUCUCCCGCCUAUAUCGUCCCUCUCUCCCUCCCUCUCUCCUCCCCUCUUGUCACUCGGGCUUCUCUUUCCCUCUCGUUGAAAUCGGCUGGCUACAUCGGUGUAUCGUUGCGCGAUUAUACGUGCUCCCGUGUGCAUUACGGACGGCUCCAGAUAUCCAGGAUGCAAGCUAUCAAAUGCGUGGUCGUCGGCGACGGUGCUGUUGGUAAAACAUGCUUGCUCAUAAGCUACACCACCAAUGCAUUUCCUGGAGAAUACAUUCCAACAGUGUUUGACAAUUAUUCUGCAAAUGUAAUGGUCGAUGGCAAACCGAUUAAUCUCGGUUUAUGGGAUACAGCGGGGCAGGAGGAUUAUGACAGACUGCGGCCAUUGUCGUAUCCACAGACUGAUGUUUUUCUGAUUUGCUUUUCAUUGGUGAAUCCGGCGAGCUUCGAAAACGUACGCGCCAAAUGGUAUCCUGAAGUGCGUCACCAUUGUCCCGCCACUCCAAUUAUUUUGGUUGGCACUAAACUGGAUCUGCGCGAAGAUAAAGAGACCAUUGAGCGUCUGAAAGAUAAGAAAUUAGCUCCCAUCACAUAUCCUCAGGGUUUGGCUAUGGCAAAAGAGAUUGGUGCUGUCAAGUACUUGGAAUGCUCUGCUUUGACGCAGAAAGGUUUGAAGACUGUGUUUGAUGAAGCGAUACGUGCUGUAUUGUGCCCUGUUCUGCAAGUGAAGCCAAAGCGCAGAUGUUUCCUUCUAUAAUAUUAAAUGUAUCCCUCUUUGCACGUUGGUACUGGAAUAUGUUAAAGUGUCUCAUCUCCAGUGUACCAAACGCGAAUCGAAUCAAUCGGACAUGUUACCGACAUUUGGAACCCCAGUUGUACCAGCCUAGGCCAGCGUCAACAGGCUGCAAACAUCUGCCAGCAUAAACGCACAAAUAUUAGUUCGGUACAAAAUUUCCAGCGAGCAAGACAAGAGGGUUUCACACAGGAAAUCAUAAAUUCGGAAUAUAUAAAUUCAUUCUUAUGUGGCCUCCAACAUCCUAUAAGAAAUUAAUCGAGGAGUUUUUGUACUCUCGCACGAACAAAGCUUUCAGUCUGAUAAUAGGGCUUUAAAUGCAAAUCGACUGGAUGUUCUAAGCGAAAAGAGUGUAAAAGAAGCCAAAAUAAUAAUUGAAUUAACUGCUGUACAGUAUACUAGAGUAUAUUAUGAAUAUUAUAAUUAAUAAGUAAGUAUGAAUGGUAAAAGAAAAAGCAAAUAUUACCAUAUAAUUGUGUAAGCGUCCAAACAUUGACUGUAUACUGAUCAGUUUAAUCAAAGAGGAAAACCAUUUUAUGCUAUUUGCCAUUGUACAUUUUAGGUAGGACAUAUAUAAUUCACAAGUUUAAAAAAAAAAGGGAAAAAAUUUUUUCUUAUCAUAAAGAAUUGCAAUAUGCGUCAAGACAUAAAUUUGGAGAGAAAGAGAAAAUAUUUUUUAGAGAUAUGCAUAGAGUACAUGGCAAAUCUGUUUGGACGAUAUUCAUCUAGAUGUUCAUUAUAAAUGUGAAUAACAGUAAUUCUACACACAUUUCUCCAAGUACUUAGAGCAACCAUACAUAUUUUUCUUUUUAUUCAAAUAUUCACUAAUAAUAUGUUAAAAGCUUCAAAGCUUUGACAAAGUUGCUUUUGCAAAGAGAGUUAGUUGUUGAAAGUCUCACAUCCACAGAGAGAGUUUGUUUUUCUAAAAUCCCAGAUUUAUUUAAGAAUUUGUAUAUAAAAUCUAAUUGCAGACAUUGGAUGUGUAAUCAAAUGUCAUUCAAUGUUAGAUGUACAUGUCCGAUAUUUAAAUUCUGUUCAUUUGUAUAAUAGUUAACAAUAUUUUUGGUUUUAUGUGAGUUCAUGAUGAUUCAAAAACGAUGAUUAAAUAAUAGAUACACGAGUUAAAAAAAAAAAAUAACUAUACAUUUUCGAAGCGGAAUCAAUAGCGCAGCGGCCGCAUAACAUGGCUUCCUUCUUCCACUAAAUUGGUUAAUAAUUACAUAAACAUUACAAUUACUGUAAACGUUACAUACCAUAAUUUAAGAGAUAGCUAACUAUUGUACAAGAGUUCUUUAGAUGUAUGUGAUAUAAGUAUAAAAAUAUUAUCGAGUUUACAGAUUUCUCUGCUUCGUUCGCAAAUAUCUCUUACACGACAUGAUCUGUGAUUAGUUACGCGCGAUAUGCAUUUCUUUUCAUAGGAACUGUUGUGUUAUCGAGUUGGAAUUAAAAAGAAUAUUGCCUACAGAUUUCUAUAAUAUAUAUAAAUUAUAACAUAUAUAAUUUAUAUAUAGAAUAUAUAAAAGUCUGUGGUAUUGCUGUUAUCAUCUCAAAAACAAAAUAUAACUAUUGAAGCAGAGAAUUAUGUGAAUGUUCCUGCAUGUGUGAGAGAAUGUUAUCAAUGUGGAGGAGAGAAAGAAUGCAAAAAGUGUGAGUGUAUAUGUAACAAGAGAGAAAGAAUAUGCUAUAGCGUAUAACAAUUGUAUAUAAAUGCUGAACUUCAAAUAUAUUCCUACUCUUAUUAUCAUGCAUAGUAUACGAUUUUAUACAUAACGUAUAUACGUAUAAAUGUGUGAUAAUAUGAGUCAUAUAUAUAUAUAUAUAUAUAUUAUAUUAAAAUCGCGCUGAUCGAAUCUAAAUCGAACGUUACUUGUUUUUUAUAUAUAUAUUAUAAAUAUAUAUAAAAAAGACGGCGCGGGGGGAAGAGGGGAGUUGAACCAAGACCUAACUACUCUCAAUUGCAGAUUCAUUUAUUAAUCUCUGUGCAAUCUGUUUAAGAAAGAGAAAUGAAAAAAAAGAUUUGGCCCAUGGAAAAAAAUCAGAAAACUACUGUAACGAAAUAUGCUUUAUAUUAAAAAUGGGUGUUUAUUAAA